CAGUCUGCCUACAUUCUCCAGUCUCCACUUCCCACCUAAGCGGAGAAGCGCGGGGAACCGAAACCCGGUGAUGGCGCACCCGCACCCGCGGCCGCUGGAAGACGACGACCUCCUCGCCGAGAUACUUCUCCGCCUCCCGCCGCGGCCCUCCUCCCUCCCGCGCGCCGCCGCCGUCUGCGCGCGCUGGCGCCGCCUCGUCACCGCCGACCCCGCCUUCCUCCGCCGCUUCCGCGCCCACCACCGCCGCGGCGCGCCCCUCCUCGGCUUCUUCCACAGCCACCGGGUGAGCCCCUCCUUCGUCUCCACCAUGGAUCCCCCCGACCGCGUCCCCGCGGCCGUGGGCGCCGGCGGGCGCUUCUCGCUGCGGUUCGACGACUUCCGCUGCAGGAUCCUCGGCUGCCGCGACGGCCUCGUCCUCGCCGUCAACCCAGUGAUGCCGCGGCUGCGCGGCUGCUUCCUCGUGUGGGACCCCGUCUCCGGCGACCAGCGCCGCGUUGCCUUCCCGCCGGAGUGCGACCAGGGACAGACCGAGGUGCGGAACGGCGCGGUGUUUCGCCUUCCCGGCGGCGGCGGCGGAUUCCGAUUCCAGAUCGUUCUGGUGGGCACCCGCCAUCAGUACGAAGCCAUCGGUUGCAUCUACUCGUCGGAGACCGGCAAAUGGGGGGAUCUCAUCGCAACACCCCUCCCACACAAUUUGACUAGGAUAUCCCUGGCUGUUCCCGGUGUUCGGAUUGGGGAUUCCCUCUACUGGUUGAUUUCGGGGAUUCCGGGUGGAAUCCUCGAGUUCGAUCUGAACGAGCAGAGGCUAGCUGUGAUUGAUGAUGUGCCAAUGGCUGUGAGUGAUGGAUACCGACGAUUUUGUGUCGUGCCGGCAGCGGAUGGUGGCCUCGGCUUCGUCUUCAUGUCGGAUUUGGGCUCACAAUUUUGGAGGAGGAAGAAUGAUUGGGAUGAUGAUGUCUCUGAGUCUGGAUGGGUGCUGGAGAAAACAGUUCAAUUGGGCGAGCUUCUAUCCUUGAGUCCAACAGAGCGCAAGGGCUCCCCAAUCGUAAUGGGGUUUUCUGAGGACUAUAAUGUGAUUUUCCUAAAGACAAUUAAUGGUCUCUUCAUGGUCCAUCUUGAGUCUAUGGAGUUCAAGAGAAUUUUGAAAGACUGUGCUGCCCUUUUCAUUUAUCCAUUUGCAAGUGUUUACACUGCAGGCAUGAGCAUUGGUGAUGGACAUGAUGAAGAUGGACAGUCUCCAGCUAUGCUAGUUUAUAAUCCCCUUAACCCCACAUUUUCCAUUGCACAUCUUCUAUUUUGUCCGUAUCAAAUAAAUCCUCUAUACCCAUUUGUGGCUAGAUUGGGCCAUGGGCUAGUUGUCAGGGGUUUAUCGGUCACAUUAAUAUUUUAAUAUAGAAACUGGUUUUUCUUGGUAACUAUCUGCUACUCCAUUGCAAAUAUUCGUGAGUGCAGGGAGUAAAAAUACCUGAACAUGACUUCAAAUUUCAAACACACCUUUAUUUGUACAACCUUGUGGCUAUGACAUUUUAUAUUUCUGUUUUUUUUUGUAUUUAUUAUUAUGCAUAAACCACCUAGCUAGCAAAGUACCAACUGGUGUAGUACUCGAAGAUAAUGCCUCUUCAAUCAUAUGCUAUUACUGAUCUUAGCAGUUGCAAUGACUGUAUUUUUUUGAAUUUAUUCUAGUGUUUUCAGCAGUUUCCUUGAAUAUUUCUACAGCAUAUUUUUCUCUUUUCUCAGUUACAUGUGUGAUUGAUCAUUAGCCUCUGCUACUCUGGUAUAGUUUUCCUGGUCCAAAAAAUAUGCUGUGACAGUCUACUUGAGGUUAAUUAGUUUCUUUUUUCUUCUUGGGAAAAUUUCAUCUAUACCACAAAGAUUUCACCAGCACCAAAUAAUACCACAAGAUUCUUGCACCUCCACUCAAUACCACAUUGCAGCAAUGUCUCUUCCAAAAAUGAUACAGAUUUCAAUGGAUGUUACCCAAUCUUGGACAAACUAAUUUGUCCCCGUUACCAGUGUUUGAGAAGAUUACUGAGCUACCCUAUGAAGUGUGAACUAGAUUGGGAGUUCUCCAAUCUCCAUCGUGGCCGCAGCAGCAGCAUGAUACAGAAGUUGUAUUUGGUACCAGCUAGUGGAGCUCAUCAUCCAGAACCUUGCUCAGGCAUGUGAACUGAUGAAGCAGUUCGAGUUGGCGGGUGUCUCAUCAUGGCCUCCAGGCCGCUCGGAUACCACGGCGGCUGUUGCUCUCGAAGCGACCCCGCCACGACAGAGCAAAGAAGACCCCUCCACGGCUAUUGUGCUUUGCAGCGAGGCCACAACGGUGGAUUAGAAAACGGCAGCACAAACACCAGUGGUGGAGGAAAAAAGUGCCUCCACAUGGCCGACCCAGGGGGUCCUGCCCGGGCGCAACGCCGCAGCAGCAAAACAGAAAUGCCCCUCCACGCAUACUGGACUGGUGGUGGUCUCCUGCCCGGACGUGAUGCCAUGGCGGACGGAGCAGAGACACGGAUGAUAUGGUGGAGGCCCCAUAUUGUUGAAGAGAGGGAAAGGAUGUGAGAUGCAAGGGUAAUUUUGUCUGCUUACUAAAUUGGUUCUCUGUCAAAUUCCUGGUAUUUUUGAAAGGUGAAAGAAUCUUGUGGUAUUAUUUGGUGCCAAUAAAAUCUGUAGUAUAGAUUAAAUUUUCCCCCUUUUAUCACAGACGAACGCUUAAGAUUACAUAUUUCCCACAUGAUCAAAAUGACACAGCUAGGCUCAUCGUUGUAAAAUACUUCCAUCAUGAAUUACUGUUGUAAUUCUUCUGAUAUUAUGAUAAAAAAGAGUGAUCAAAGUUUUGUUU